UUUGCUACUCUUGCUAACUCUAAGAUGUCGAAUCCCAAAUGUCCAAGAUGCCAGAGUAACGUCUACUCUGCUGAGGAGAUUUUAGGCGCUGGACAGAAAUGGCAUAAAUCAUGUUUUAAGUGCAAAAUAUGUGACACGAAGUUAGAUUCUACCAACUUUUCGGACCGUAAUGGAGAAAUUUAUUGUAAAAUAUGUUACGGGCGUGAGUUUGGGCCCAAGGGAUAUGGCUACGGGCAGGGAGCUGGCACUUUAAGCAUGGAAGGAAGCCGUCAAGACCAGCAGGAAAAUUAUGCGGCAGCCACCAAAUCAGAAUGCUUGACUUCUACGGACAGCCAACGUCAACAAUCUAAACAAACCCAGUCAUCUACGCCAAGAGAUCUUUCUCAGUAUAAGGGGAAGGAUGUCUGUCCUGCAUGUGACAAGAAAGUCUACCACGCUGAAAAGGUGGUUGGCGCUGGUUGCUCAUACCACAGAAGUUGUUUUAAGUGUUACUCGUGUUCUAAGCCUCUCGACUCCACCACCGUGACCGACAGGGACGGAGCUAUUUAUUGUAAGGGAUGCUAUGCUAAAAACUUUGGGCCUAAAGGAUAUGGUUACGGUGUCGGCUCAGGCGCCCUUCACUUGACCAAAUAA